GCGGAGAUGGAGGACGCACUGCUGAGAAACCUUUUCCAAGGCUACCAGCGCUGGGUCAGGCCCAUCCAGCACGCCAACGACACUAUUAAAGUACGCUUCGGACUCAAGAUCUCGCAGCUGGUUGAUGUGGAUGAGAAGAACCAGCUAAUGACAACUAACGUUUGGUUGUGUCAGGAGUGGAUCGAUUACAAGCUACGAUGGAAUCCAGAGAAAUACGGAGGAAUCACUUCUAUCAGAGUUCCUUCUGAAAAUAUCUGGCUCCCAGACAUCGUCCUCUAUGAGAAUGCUGAUGGGCGGUUUGAGGGCUCCCUGAUGACCAAAGCCAUUGUCAGGUACAAUGGUGCCAUCACCUGGACGCCACCUGCGAGUUACAAAUCCGCCUGCACCAUGGACGUCACCUUCUUCCCCUUUGAUCGCCAGAACUGCACCAUGAAGUUUGGCUCCUGGACAUACGAUGGCAACAUGGUGGACUUGAUUCUGAUAGAUAAACAAGUAGAUCGGAAGGACUUCUUCGACAAUGGAGAGUGGGAGAUCCUCAGUGCCACUGGUGCCAGAGGGAACAGGAAGGACGGCAUGUACUCGUACCCGUUCAUCACGUACUCCUUCAUUCUGAAGAGGUUGCCAUUGUUCUACACCCUCUUCCUCAUCAUCCCUUGUUUGGGUUUGUCCUUCCUGACUGUGCUGGUGUUUUACCUUCCCUCAGAUGAAGGAGAGAAGCUGUCACUCUCUACCUCUGUCCUAGUGUCACUCACUGUGUUCCUCCUGGUCAUAGAAGAAAUCAUCCCCUCCUCCUCCAAGGUGAUCCCGCUCAUUGGAGAGUACUUGCUGUUCAUCAUGAUCUUUGUCACACUCUCAAUCAUCGUCACCGUCUUUGUCAUCAACGUGCACCAUCGCUCUUCAGCCACCUAUCACCCCAUGUCGCCGUGGGUUCGUAAUCUCUUCCUGCAGAAACUGCCGAGGUUGCUCUGCAUGCGUGGGCACACCGACCGCUACCACUACCCAGAGCUGGCUCCUGAAAGCCCUGAGCUGAAGCCUCGCUCUGGAGCUCGGAGAGGAGCCCACAGGGCAAACAGCGGGGACGAGGUCUGGGAGACCAUGUUGGAUAAGGCUAUCUACUCAGUGCGCUACAUCAGCAGACAUAUCCGCAAGGAACACUUUAUCCGUGAGGUGGUACAAGACUGGAAGUUUGUGGCCCAGGUCCUAGACAGGAUCUUCCUGUGGGCUUUUCUCACCGUCUCAGUACUGGGCACUAUCCUCAUCUUCACUCCUGCUCUGCGGAAAUUUAUGAAAGUCCUACCUCCAGCUGGAAGUGAGGAUCCACCUUCAAACUAGUAGCAAUAACA